UUUGGAAUUGUUAAUUCAUUUUCCAGCUGUCUCCGUGGGUGUAGUUGACUGGCGUUUGGAAAAAGCUAAAUAAUUAUUUGAACGUUGAUGGUGUCUGUGCCGUGUAAACAUUAAAAAGUGAAAAAUCUUGGAAUUUGCGUGCAGUGGCGUCAAGUGAAGCGGACGGACGUGCGCGCCAAAUUGUUUAUACAUAAUAGAAUUUUUAAGAAAUAAUUAUAUUUGCACUGAAUUGUUUGCGUAUCGUAUGUGCGAAAAGCAGAGUGUAUGUACCUUUCUAGCUCGCUGAUUACUCGUUGGAUCGCAUAGCCGUCGGUCGGUCAAAAGAUACAAAACAUAAAUUCUACAGGGUGUGGUUGUUGUGUAGUGGUCCAUUAUCCAAAAAAAGAUAUGAAAUUUAUUAAAAAUGUAUAAAAUACAUUUACCAAUAACAAUGAUUUUAUAAAGCUGAUGCGGCCAUUAUAAUUGUGUAUGGAGAAAUCGGAUGGGCACAAAACAUAUUGUAAAUUAAUUUAUUCGAAACGUGAACGAAUUAAUUGAGAAAUUUAUGCAAAUUUGGUGAUAUACGAUUUUUAUGGCUGAGGUUGGUGACUGCAGCGUUUACAAAAGCAAGCAACGUACUGAUUGUGAAAGGGGUUACUGCGCGGCCGAAUGAAAGCCGUAUCACCAUUUUUUUAUUAAGUGCUAAUGUGUGCAGAAUAUCUGUACAUAUUUGUAUGUAAAAAACUAAAGUACAAAGAAUACCUUACAAAAACAAAAAUGUUAUCAACCAACUAGUUUCUUGUAUAGAAAGGCAAAACAAAACUGAAAACGUACCAAUACAAAAAUAGUGACGUUGACAGCAGCGACGCUGACGGCGACGUCUAGGUCGUCUCAACACUGUUGCACUUUGCUAAGAGCAGGUGCAACCGCAUCGAAUACGGAAGCUGGUGGAUGACCGGCUGAAAUGAGCCAAAACAGAAAACCAAAACUACAAACGUCGCCAACAUGUCCCGGCUUGCUGAUUACUUCGUUAUUGUUGGAUAUGAUAACGAUAAAGAACGAACUGCUGCUGGUAACAGCCAAAUGUCAUGUGGGAAGAUUGUGCAGCGUUUUCCGGAAAAGGACUGGCCGGAUACACCAUUUAUUGAAGGCAUAGAGUGGUUUUGUCAACCACUUGGCUGGGGUUUGUCGUACGAUAAGCAAGAGCCUAAAUUUUUUACAUCCGUUCUUACUGAUAUCGAUGCAAACAAACAUUAUUGUGCCUGCCUCAGUUUCCACGAAACAUUGGCUAUCACGCUUAAUAAAGUGAUCGAUGAGGAAGAUGAGGCGGCUGCUACUGUUAGCGGCAUUGUGGGUGCUAAGUUCCAGCCAACAAUCACCGGUUGCACUAGUGGCCUUGGAAGUGGUAGCAGCAGCAUUGUUUCCCAUCACAGUGUUAUGUAUGCUCCCAAAUGUCUAGUGCUAAUAUCGCGGCUCGACUAUGCAGACACAUUCAAGAAUUGUCUUGGUACAAUUUACACAGUAUACAUAGAAAAUCUACCCUACACAUUGGAGAAUCUCAUUGGCAAUAUUCUCGGCUGUAUACAAGUGCCGCCUGCAGGCGGUCCGCAAGUACGUUUUUCCAUAGGUGCUGGCGAUAAGCAAUCGCUACAGCCACCUCAAUCGCCAUCGCUGCCAGUGACUGGUACAGCUGUUUACUUUAUUUUUAAGCAAUUAGGUAUUAAGAAUGUACUUAUACUGCUGUGCGCAGUUAUGACGGAGAAUAAAAUUCUAUUCCAUUCGAAAAGCUAUUCACAUUUGACUGAAAGCUGCAAAGCACUGGUAUCGCUGAUGUAUCCGUUCAGAUACACGCACGUGUACAUUCCGAUAUUGCCAGCACCGUUAACUGAAGUUCUCUCCACACCCACACCCUUCAUAAUGGGCAUACAUAGUUCAUUAGUGAGCGAAAUUACUGAUCUGUUGGAUGUUAUCGUUGUUGAUCUAGAUGGCGGCAUGGUGACGAUACCAGAGUCACUUUCACCACCGGUGCCCAUACUGCCAUCACCACUUUGGGAACAGACGCAAGAGCUGCUUACAAUGAUAUUAUUUCCGAAUCUUUCACAGGCUGAUUUGGCAUUCCCAUCUCUUGAAAAACCCACAAAUUACCCAAAAUCCGAUGCCAUAAUUGAUAAAGAAUUGCGUGCUAUCUUUAUGCGAUUGUUCGCGCAAUUGCUGCAAGGUUAUCGUUCAUGUCUGACCAUUAUACGUAUACAUCCAAAACCGGUGAUAACUUUCCAUAAAGCCGGAUUUCUCGGUGCGCGUGAUUUGAUUGAAAGUGAAUUCUUAUUUCGAGUUUUGGAUAGUAUGUUCUUUACGACAUUCGUCAAUGAGCGUGGACCACCUUGGCGCUCUUCAGAUGCUUGGGAUGAACUUUAUAGUUCGAUGAAUGAGAUUCUAAAGAGUGAAGCGCAAAAUAAGAAUUUAAUCCCCACUCACAUACAGGAACUAGGAAAAAUACUCUUCGAAAAUGAAUGCCCAAAUCAACAAAUUUAUGCACAAAAAGUACUCCGACCACCAGAUGGUUCCUUUCAUCGUAUUCACCAGCCAUCGUUUCCACGUAUUAGUAGCGAAAAAGUAGAACUGAUUAUCAACGAUGGUAUGCGCAAAAAUUGUAUUUCGCAUCGUUUAACUGUGUUGCGAAACCAAAUGCGCAUCAUACCGAUGGGGCCACGCUUGCCCGAAGUGCUAGAUGUGCGCCCGGCAGUGUUGAAUUCAGCGCGUCGGCUAGAGGUACUAAAAACUUGCGUUGCUUACAUUUUCGAAAAUAAAAUUGCCGAUGCACGUAAACUUGUGCCAGCAGUGAUGCGUACACUCAAACAUCGUGAUGCUCGUCUAAUCCUCUGCCGUGAACUCUUCGGCUAUGUUCAUGGCAAUAAAGCAAUACUUGACCAUCAGCAAUUCGACUUGGUAAUCAAAUUUAUGAAUAAAACGAUACAAAAUUCCACUGGCGUUGACGAGUACACAGUUGCUGCAGCACUUUUGCCCAUGUCAACAAUAUUUUGCCGCAAACUGUCCACGGGUAUUGUACAAUUCGCCUACACAUGCAUACAGGAUCAUCCAAUAUGGAAGAAUUUACAAUUCUGGGAAUCAACUUUCUAUCAGGAUGUGCAAACACAAAUUAAAGCUUUGUACAUGCAGCGACGUCGUCAAAUUGAGAGUAAUAAGGAAUCGAAUAUAGUGUUAGACGAUGUACCGUUAGAAGAGCCAACUGCGCUUGAAAUAACCGCCGAGCAAAUGCGUAAAAGUCCAGCGCUUGAAGAGGAUAAGAAAAAUGAGUUGGCGCAAUCUGAAGAAUCCACACUUUAUUCACAGGCCAUACACUAUGCCAAUCGUAUGGUUUCGUUGCUAAUACCACCCGACGUGAAUGCGGUGGGACCAAAACCGAAGCAAUCAUUUCGCUUAGAUGAUAAUCAAAGUGUAUCAAAUAGAACAAGUACUUUUCCAAAAUUGAGUAUUAUGGGUUCGCAUAGCUUAAGUGAGCAUUCGGAUGAAGGCUUUGAGGAGAACGAUGCAUUGGAAGUGGGUGGUGCGGUUGGAAAAAUUGUUUCGCGUUUCAUCGAUCGCGUUUGCACUGAGGGCGGUGUCACCUCGGAGCAUAUACGCAAUCUGCACGACAUGGUGCCUGGUGUUGUGCACAUGCAUAUCGAAAUGCUGGAAUCGGUUUAUUUAGAAUCUAAACGGCAUCCGCAUGUACAAAAACCAAAAAUACAGACACCAUGUUUACUGCCAGGCGAGGAAAUCGUGACAGAUCACUUGCGUUGCUAUCUCAUGCCUGAUGGCAGGGAAGAUGACACGCAGAGUUGGAUACCAGCCGAAGGUGCAUUGUUCUUAACAAAUUAUCGCAUUGUAUUCAAAGGCUCCCCUUGUGAUCCGCUCGCGUGUGAACAAACGAUUAUACGUGCAUUUCCCAUCUCUUCACUGCUGAAGGAAAAAAAGAUCUCAGUACUAUACUUAUCGCAUUUAGAUCAAACUCUACCAGAGGGUUUACAACUACGUUCUAGUACUUUCCAACUGAUGAAAAUCGCAUUCGAUACAGAGGUGACACCGGAAAUGAUAGAAACUUUCCGUAAAAUACUCACAAAGGCUCGUCAUCCAAUUGAUGAGUUCGAGCACUUUGCCUUCCAAUCGUACGGUACCAUUAUGCAUGGUACAGCACCAUCUAAAACCAAAGAAAAAUACUCAACCCUAAAAGGUUUCGCGAAGAAAACUAUUUUACGCAAAUUUAAACAGAAAGCACCAACAAAACGCAAAUUGGUCACAUCUACUUUAGAUUUUGAUACGCUUGGUCCGUCAACAGAAGCCAUAGAUACCCAUUCAUUGGACGAUGAACUUGAAGACGAUGAGUUCGAAACAAAUACUGAUACCAUGCCACGCGUGUUAACCGCCAAAGAUGUGGAGCGUAUGCGUGAACGUAGUUAUGUGCGCGAUUGGAAGCGUUUGGGUUUUGAUGAUGCACAAAAUGGUUUCCGCAUAACUACAGUGAAUGCCAACUAUAGUCUAUGUCGUUCAUAUCCGGCGUUAUUGGUGGCGCCUUUACAGAUAAAUGACGCAGCGCUUUUGCACUUGGGACGCUGCUACAAGAGCCAACGCAUACCGGCAGUAACAUGGCGGCAUCGCAAUGGUGCAUUAUUAAUUAGAGGUGCACUGCCGCACAGCAAGUCGGUGAUCGGCAUGCUGAAGAAUUCCACUGGUUCGAAUACCAUGUCACACGACGUCGCUAACUAUCAUGAGCAAGAUAAAUAUAUUUCAGCGCUCAUUGAUUCAAUGCCAAAAAAUAUUUCCUUAGCUUUGGCGCAGUAUAAUUUAACGGGCAUGAACUUAUCCAUGAAUUCGCUAUUUUUGAAUGCCAGCGAUGAAUCGUCCUAUCUGAAUCGGGGUGACACUUCACUAACACCGGAAGUUAAUCGCAAGCAUAAAUCAGCACUUACAGCUGGUAGCGAUGGAAAAUCAAAUAAUUGGACAGAUUCCUUGAAACCGAAAUCGAAUACGAUAAAAAAUAACUCGUCUGUUUCAGCAGCCACAGCCGCGUAUAGGAAACUGAGACUAUAUGUAUUGGGUGAAAAAUCUCAAACAAAAUCAGGCAUCAACGCUGAUCUCUGUGCCGAGUUCAUAGCCGUCGACUAUGCUGAUUACCGUCAAUCACGUAUAGCUUUCAAAAAGCUUAUGCGCGCUUGCUUACCCUCGAAUACAACCAAUGAUGCUGAUCAAACGUUCGCUAAAAGUGUCGAACAGUCUGAGUGGUUACAACAAAUUUCUUCGCUACUUCAACUUUCCGGUGCUGUAGUUGAUUUAAUGGAUCUUCAAGAGUCUAGUGUGAUGCUGUCACUUGAGGAUGGUUGGGAUAUAACGGCACAAAUUUCAUCUAUUGCACAACUCUGUCUCGAUCCGUACUAUCGCACAAUGGAGGGCUUUCGUGUGCUCAUUGAAAAGGAUUGGAUCGCAUUUGGUCAUCGCUUUGCACAUCGUAGCAACUUGAAACCAACACAUGGCAAUUCGAGUAUAGCAUUUGCGCCAACAUUUUUGCAGUUCUUAGAUGCUGUAUAUCAAAUACAAAAACAGUUUCCAAUGGCAUUUGAAUUCAAUGAGUUUUACGUGCGCUUCCUGGCCUAUCACAUGGUCUCAUGCCGCUUCCGUACCUUCCUCUUUGAUUGUGAAGUGGAACGUUUCGAUUUGGGUAUUGCGUCAGUGGAGGAUAAACGAGGCUCGCUGAGCACUAAACACCAUCUGUUGGGUAAUAAUAAAUGCAACACCGGUUCCGAUGAUGAGGGCGUUUAUCCCAUGGACGUACGCUCCAAAGCCCAAUCCUCAGUGAAUUUCAAUCGCAUCGGCCACUCUAUAUUCGAUUACAUAGAGCGACAACAUGCGAAGACACAGAUAUUCUAUAAUUUUAUGUAUUGCGUACGUGAUGAUGUGCUGCGACCGCAAAGCUCACUGCCCGCACUUGAUCUCUGGCCAUAUUACACUAAUGAAGAAUUGGCUCAAGGUCCACCCUAUGAUUUGGAACUCACCAAUGCAGAUGAUGAAAUCGAUUUGUCUGAGUUACGUGGCAAACGCAUAGUAGUUAGCGCAGGCUAUGAUAAUAUCGAGAAGAGCAAUCCGAAUGCAUUCGUUUGCCUGUUGAGUGAUGUCCGUCAAGCGGAAACGGAGCGUGGCUAUUUGCCACAAAAAUGGCUGCAAGUAUGGGAUCAAUUGGAAGUGCCACAAAUGAAGGAGCUUACACGCAAGUCAUCUCUCAGUAGCAUACUCCUGCAAUCACACGGCAAAUUGGCGCACAAGCGCUCAACUUUGGAGAUAUUAAUGAAGGGUAGAUUGAGUGGUUAUCAAGAUAAAUUCUUUCAUCCGCAUCGUUUCGAGAAACAUCCGUACACCACGCCCACGAAUUGCAAUCAUUGUACAAAACUGUUAUGGGGUCCAGUCGGUUAUCGUUGCAUGGACUGCGGCAAUUCUUAUCAUGAGAAAUGCACUGAGGUUUCAUUGAAGAACUGCACCAAAUAUAAAGCUGUCGACGGUGUGGUGCCGCCAAAUGUGAACAUCUCACAGGGUGACACUUCCAGUAUUGCAUCGAGUGCUGCGACAACGGCACGCACCUCCAGUCACCACUUUUACAAUCAAUUUAGCAGCAAUGUGGCGGAGAAUCGCACACAUGAGGGUCAUCUCUACAAACGUGGUGCACUUUUGAAAGGCUGGAAACAGCGUUGGUUUGUCUUAGACUCGAUAAAGCAUCAAUUACGCUAUUAUGAUUCUGGUGAGGAUUCACAAUGCAAAGGAGUUAUAGAAUUGGCUGAGGUGCAAUCUGUAACAACAGCACAACCCGCACAAAUCGGCACUAAACGUAUUGACGAGAAAGGUUUCUUCGAUUUGAAAACCAAUCGACGCACCUACAAUUUCUAUGCCGUAAAUGCGAAUUUGGCACAAGAAUGGAUUGAAAAAAUUCAAGCUUGCUUACAGUAGAGCAACUGCCCUCUCCCCCCAAGCAGUUUGUUUCGUUCCUUAUUGAUUUCUUUUACAAAUGUUGCUAUUAAGUUGCGUCGUAAAAAAAGGAAAAUAAAAAUUAGCAAAAUCAGCGUUUAUUAAAGAUUUUAAUGAAUUUAAAAUUUCGACGAUAUAAUCAAAGUAUAGCGAGGUUAUUAAAGCGGAUACAUUAUCAAAUACAUAUACAUAUAUAAAUAUAUAGAUAGUAUAGUUAAAUAUCGUAUUAAAAUACAUGCUUAUGUUUAAGUAGUGUGUGUGCAUCAUUUUUUUCUAAUAUCAUAUUAUCAUUUCUUUAAGCAAACAAUUGAAGCUUACAUAUAAAUAUAUUAUAUUAAAUUUUAGUUUUGCUACCAACGACAAACAUAUUAACUAAGUGAUUAGUAAAUAUAAAAGAAAUUUAAAAGAAAAAAAAAUAUAUAUACAUAUAAAUAAAUAUAACGACGCUCUCCCAACUGUGUGCGAACACAUUUUAUAUAUAUAUGUAUAUGUAUGUACAUGAAUACGUACACAUAAAUAUGUAUGCAAUUCAGUUGAUUGCUUAUUUUCGUUUUCAUAUAUUUAAAAGAAAUAUUACUGCAUUUGUAUUUGUAUAGCAUAUGUAUUUAUGUAUAUAAUAUUAAUGAGUUAUUGAUUAGUCUAAUUUUACGUUUAUUAUAAUACAUACUGUAGUUAUUAAUAUUAUAUUUUUACUAUUAAAUAAAUAUACCCCAAAAAGGAAUUACCAACGUA